CACAGCGUUGCAGAGGGACGCACCGGACAAAGGUUCUUUUAGGGAUCUAUCUCCAGAAUCUUCGGUAUAAUACUGAGAUUAGAUUCUUCAGACACCAGAGGUGUGAGGAUGGUGACUCUAAGGAAUCGAUAUGAGGUGGUCAGGCCUGUGUACUCUGAGGACAGCUUUGCUGCAGAUCAUGAGAAAGUCUGCAGACACCGAAAAACCAUCCUGCACCAUAUGAAAGAGUAUCUGACCUGUGAUUCAAAACGGGCCACAAAUGCAGUGCUCUCUCUUCUGCCCAUCAUUGGCUGGAUGAGGAUCUACAGAGUUAGAGAGUGGCUGCUGGGUGAUGUGGUAUCUGGUAUCAGCACCGGAAUGGUGGCCAUUAUGCAAGGACUGGCCUUUUCUCUGCUGGCCUCGCUCCCUCCGAGCUACGGCCUCUUCACCGCUUUCUUCCCAAUGCUAACAUAUUUCUUCCUCGGUACUUCAAGACACAUAUCUGUAGGCUCCUUCCCAGUCUUGAGCCUUAUGGUGGGAGCUGUGGUGACCCGCCUGGUCCCAGAGCAGGGAGCACCUGCCAAUAUCACGGGGUUUGAAGGCCUAACCCAGGAUCAGCAGAGAGUCCUGGUGGCCUCCUCUGUUACCUUUCUCGUGGGGGUUUUCCAGCUUGCCAUGGGUAUAAUGCAGGUGGGCUUUGUUGUCAUGUACCUGUCUGACACUCUGGUGUCUGGCUUCACCACAGCAGCUGCUGUCCACAUCCUGGUGUCCCAGCUCAAGUUUGUAUUAGGUUUGAGUGUACCAGGCAUCAGUGGUCCACUCUCUAUCAUAUAUACCCUGGAGAAGAUCUUUGUCCAGAUCACCUCCACCAACAUCUGUGAUCUGGUGAUGUCCAUACUGAUCAUGAUGGUGGUAUUUAUUGUGAAGGAGCUGAAUAACAUAUACAAAGCCAAGCUGCCUGUUCCCAUCCCCAUAGAAGUUAUCACGACUAUCAUAGCUUGUGGGGUGUCCUAUGGCUUCAACUUCAAGGAGAGAUUUGAUGUUGGUGUUGUUGGCAAAAUGGUCAGUGGGUAUGAGACUCCCAUUGCUCCCAAUAUGCAAGUCAUCCAGAAUAGUGCUGUGGAGGCAUUUCCUAUAGCCAUAGUGGGGUUUGCUGUUGCUUUCUCUGUGGCCAAAGUCUACUCUAUCAAACACGAUUACACCAUUGAUGGGAACCAGGAACUCAUUGCAUUUGGGGUUAGCAACAUAUUUGGAGCAAGCUUCAGGUCGUUUGCAGCCAGCACAGCGCUCUCCAGGACAGCUGUGCAGGAGAGCUCGGGAGGAAAAACACAGAUUGCAGGGCUGAUCUCGGCCAUGAUGGCGAUGAUUGUGACUGUGGCACUUGGCUUCCUGCUGGAACCACUUCCCAAGUCUGUCCUGGGCGCCUUGGUCAUCGUCAACCUGAAGGGCAUGCUGAUGCAGUUCAGUGAAAUCCUGUACUUGUGGAGGAAGGACAAACCAGACUGUGUGGUGUGGGUGGUAACAUGUCUGGGUGCCAUCCUGCUGGGGCUGGAUAUUGGUCUGGCGGUGGGCUUGGGGGUGGAGCUGCUCACUGUCGUCUUCAGAACUCAAUUCCCCCGCUGUUCUGUCUUGGCUAACAUCCAAGGGACCGACCUCUACAGAGAUCACAAAGAUUACCUGCAUAUAUUCGAACCAAAGGGAGUAAAAAUCUUCAGGAUACCCUCGCCUAUCUUCUUUGCCAAUAUUGAGUUCUUCAAGGACAAGCUUGUAGAAGCUGUUGGGUUUAACCCUCUAAGGGUUUUGAGGAAGAGGAACAAGGCUCUCAGGAAAAUCAAGAAACUAUUGAAGAAAAGUAAUGACACUACAGAGAAAGGUUUGAGGGAUUUAUUCAGCCAGACGACUGAUGACAUGAACAUGGAGGAGUUGGAUCUGCCCACUGACCUCAAGGACCUUUCUUUCCGGAUUGACUGGAACGCCGAGCUUCCCGCUAACAUCAGCGUUCCCAGAGUGGACCUCCACAGCCUGAUCUUGGACUUCUCUGCUGUCUCCUUCCUGGAUAUCUCUGCUCUGAAGGGACUCAAAAUGACGCUCAAAGAGUUCAUCCACAUUGACGUGGACGUUUACAUUGUUUCCUGUGAUGCAUACAUCCUGGAGAAACUACACAGCUGCAUGUUCUUCGAUGAUGAGAUUCUUACCUCCAUGUUCUUCCCGACCCUCCAUGACGCCAUGCUGCAUGUGCUUGACAAACACAAAGACAAAAAAAGCAAUGGCAGGGUGUUAACAGAUACCAAACUCUAGCGGAAGUGGAAGAUCAUUGCAAAAACACCACUCAACCACUCACCACAUACAAUUAAUUUCAUUAGACAGUACCUUUGUAAUCUACUCACCAUACUACCACAGCAGAAUAUUUUGCAUGUUUAGUUUUUCUGCUAAAAUAGUAUUUUUUUUUUUUUUAAAUGCUGUUUUGGUAAGAUGUGAUUAUUUUUUUAUCCAGGCUUUGUUGUCACAGAACUUGUUACACUCUACUGUAGUGUCCUUUUUCAUACUGUUUCUUUGAAAAAUGCAGUAUAUUUUCAAAAUUAAAUGAUACA